AGGGGGCGGGGGCCCAUGUGACCGGCUCAGACCGGUUCUGGAGACAAAAGGGGCCGCGGCGGCCGGAGCGGGACGGGCCCGGAGCGGGAGGGAGCGCAGCACCGCGGGCAGCGAGCGAGAUGCAGCACCGAGGCUUCCUCCUCCUCGCCCUCUUCACCCUGCUGGCGCUCACCACCGCGGUGGCCAAAAAGAAAGACAAAGUGAAGAAGGGCGGCCCGGGGAACGAGUGCGCGGAGUGGACCUGGGGGCCCUGCACCCCCAGCAGCAAGGACUGCGGCGUGGGUUUCCGCGAGGGUACCUGUGGGGCCCAGACCCAGCGCGUCCGGUGCAGGGUGCCCUGCAACUGGAAGAAGGAGUUUGGAGCCGACUGCAAGUACAAGUUUGAGAGCUGGGGAGCGUGUGAUGGGGGCACAGGCACGAAGGCCCGCCAAGGCACCCUGAAGAAGGCGCGGUACAAUGCCCAGUGCCAGGAGACCAUUCGCGUGACCAAGCCUUGCACCCCCAAGACCAAAGCCAAGGCCAAAGCCAAGAAAGGGAAGGGAAAGGACUAGCGGCCAGGUCUGGAUGCCAAGGAGCCCGGGGCCCGUGCCCUCCCUCCCACGGGGCCAAGAUCGAACCUACCAGUGCCUUUUGUCUACUCAUUAGCUUUAUCAAUCAUACCCUGCCUCUUCCCUUUCACUUCUCCACCCCCAAGUGUCCCAAAUGGGGAGGAACAAGGGACUGUGGACCACUUGAGCCUCCUGCCCCAGAGGGAUGUGAUUCCCGGUACCCCCUUUUGUCCUUCCCCACAAAGAUGCCAUUACUAAGAAACAAACCGUUGUGUUUUUUCCCCCCAAUAAAAGCUUUUCUUUUAAUAUA